GUUGCACGCUCUUUCAUCAAUAGUUGCAGGAACAUCCUCUUCGACAAGCUUCAGUGCGUAUUCGCACAGUUCGUCAUGUUAUAUCACGCUAGUUCGCUUAGCCCAGUACCGAAAAUGAAAGUUAGGUUACGAGAUACCAUCCGUGAUGCAAAAGUUUGAAAUAUAGAAUCUGAACUGAGGUACUAACAACGAUAAACUUUAUCAGUGGUCAAAGUAAACUAUGUAACGAAUGUUCUUGGUCAGUUUUGUGUGGUAAACUGUUGAGAAGUGAAACAGUUUAAAACAUCGACAUUAGUGACUAGUAAAAAUAUUUAUAAUGCGCAUUAAGAAUAUAACGAUUUAGGAAGACACAAAAUCCAUUACUGUAACGUGAAUGAGCGCGACGAUUAUAUGUUACCUUAUGAUGUUAGCAGACGACGACACCGCCAAAAUUUGCUACCGGAGAAACCUUGACCUGACGUGUCGUUAUAUUCUAUUUCACUAACGAUUUGUAUGAAUGCUGUCACUUGAAAUGCAUUGUAGAAUAUUUUGACGUGAUAUGACAUGACGGCGGGUGUGAAUUGGCCUUUGCGCACCUCAUUUAAGAAAUUGAAAGUAAUGACUUUCGUUUAGUGAUAGAAUCAUGUACUGCUCAGUGACCAAUGUCCUAUAUCUUUUCAGUCGUUUGUUAUUUCUUGUAAUACUGCGGAAGGAAAUAGACUGACAACUUUUAAAAAUAAAAUAUAGUUUCCUUUUAGCGAUUGUAGGGAAAUUCAUUUUGCAGAGUUGCACAGAUUGCUACCGUAACAGAUGACAUUUGUCAGCUGGGAAGAGUGAAAAAUGUUUUGUAUCGUUCGUGUAUGACAUUCUGUUGCUUAAGACAAUAAUUUAAUUAGCGUGUGUUUGGAUCAUAAAAUUUUGUUACCAGAUUUUGACGUGAUAGCAUUACUUCUUCUAAUACCGUAAUGGUAAAGAGAUUUUCGUCGGCCCAACGAAAUCGAGGAGUGAAGGUGAAUUACAAGUGGAGAACAUACAGUGUUGAAAGUUCGUGAUUAAAUCUACAAAUAAUUAGUGGAAAUGAUUUACUAUUACUUUCGUGGUGGGUGUAAUUAAAUUGCCAUGUCUCACUAUGGACAAGAUAAUGACAAACAAGCCAGCUCUCUUAUGGAUGGGGUUCCUGUUAAAAUAAGUGAAAAAUACAAGCCACCAAGAAAAAUCACCCUACCUGUUGGCUAUCAGAACAGAGUGCCUCUAGCCUCAGUGGAUGAAGUGUAUGACUUCUCUUUAGAAAAUACUGUGCUUAGAAAGAUUGCAGAAUGGAGAAAACUGCAAGAACAACUUGUAUCCAGGAGGAGGGAAAACAUCAAACAACAUAACGCUGAAAAGAAAGACGUAAGUUCAAAGGGAGAAACAGACUGGAAUGUCCCAGCAACUGUUUCUACAUCAGUGAGUGUUACAGCUAAUAGUGCUGAUGCUUCCACCUCACAUUGCCACCAACAGCAGCAGCAGCAACAACAACAACAACAACAACAACAACAGGCUUCACAACAGCAACAACAACAAGUACUACAACAAUAUGCAUCAAUACUUACCCCAGUUCCCAUUAGCAUGCCCCUCAGUACAACUACCCAUCAUAAAAAUCACUCUCACCACUUCAAUCUGUCAGAUUUUGAAACAGACACUUCAGACCCUUUUGAUACAGUUGAAUUAAAGACAAUAAAUGAUAUGGAGGAGUUGGCUCAUGUUCUUCAGCCAACAAUACCAGUAACAAGUACUGUGCCUAAUUGUUACACUUUGCCCUACAACUCUUCCCAACACUUUGGAAUGGUGGUGGAAAGCAAUAAGGACUCUGUUAUACUACCACAUCUGAAUGGCCUCACAGGUUAUCGAAUGAUGAGGGAAGGGGGUUUCGCAACUUUACCGGUCCAACAGAAGAGUAGUGCUAAUGUCAACUACCCUAAUUUAUGGGGUGACAGUUAUAAUGAAGCAACAACUAACCAGCGAUCCUCCCAGCAGGAUGGUGCUGGCUACGGUGCUCUGUCUAAAAGUGUGCCAGAUAUUAUGAAAGAACUUGAUAGAGAACUGAAAGAAAAACGAAGAGGACCAACACCACCUACAGUAAUGUCAAGCAGACCAGCAAGUCUUGGUUCCACAGGAUUAGAGAACUGGAAACCUUGGCCAGAUUUGGAUAGCCCAGACCAGUCUGCGGCUUUGAAGACCACUAACAAAGAAAAAUGUGCGUGCCCACUACCUAAUCCAUUUGCUGAACUCAGUGUUGAAGAACAAAAUCUUGCCAUACACAUAAGUGAAAUGGGUUUUCCUUUACCACGUACAGCAAGAGCUUGUCAACUCGUGGGAAGUGAUGAUAAGAAGAUGGUUGAGUUCCUGUUAUUGGUGCAAGCACUGGAGGAGAGAGGGUAUCCAGGAGAUAGGGCAGAACGAGCACUGACGGUGAAUGAAUGUGAUCUGAAAGAAGCUGAACGUUGUUUGGAGGCCACAACACAGCUUCUUGACCUAGGAUUUCCUGAGGACCGUGUUGCCGAAGCUCUGGCAAAGUGUAACAAUGACAGAGAUCAGGCACUUGAACAUCUUAUCUCAUAAAAAAGACAGUCAAAACCUGCAGGUGAAAUGAAAUGUUGCUACUGCCAACCUCAUUGUGUAUUUCACUUGCAUAAUUGCUUUAAUGGUACUGAAGUAUAUAAUAAAUGGGGCAAAUCGUUUGUGGAUACUCUGUUUUUAAAAAGUUUUACUUAAUCACGUACUAUAUAAGUGGACUGCUAAAUGGUGGUAGUAUAGUGGCAAGAUCACUAGAAGUGAACCCAAAGACAUCAGAGAUAUGAAAUAAGACUUUCAGUCCCUAAGAGGUUCAUUAGUUCCUUUACGAAUAAUUUUUGUUCCUUGUGAAAGUAUGCAUAUAAGCUAUACAGCAGAAGAAGUGUUGAUGUACUCUGAUAUUGCCAGAAGAAUGGUGUGACAAAUGAAGUAAAUAUCUGAAAUGAUUACCACAGUAUCACUGAAGAUAUUUGUGAUAGUGUUAUGCAAAUUUAGUCUUUGCAUGAAUACUUAUACUGCUUUCUUUAUAUGUGUGUAAAGAUCUUUCACUGUUUUCCUGUUCUCUAGAAAUAUUAUUUUCAUAUGUUUUAAUUUAUUGUACAAUGUGUAUUCAUAACCACUGAAACAACUGGAAGUGUUAAGGUUGCUCCUUUGAUUAUAGUCAAUGUUUGUCAUACAACCAGUGUCUGGUGUCAAUAUUCCUACACACACACACACACACACACACACACACACACACACACACACACACACACAAAAUUUGUUAUGAUGUUUUAUUAAUGUAUUUAAUCUUUUUUCUUUCCUUAGAGAAAAAUACUAGUCAGCCCUCUUUCACAUCCAGAUUGCUUGUGUUUGACAUCCAUGUUGCAAAGGUGGUGUGAUGUGGAUCCUUUUUUAUGAUUGUGGCUACAUUUUAACUACUGGCCAUUUUGGAUCAAUAUUAAUAUUACUUCCUUUGUAAUUAUACCAAUUUACCUUCAAUGUAAUUUUUAAAUACGCAGGCGUCAAAGUAUUUGUGUUGCACAGUGACAUUUUAUACCUUUUAUAUUUUUCAGAAAAUUUAAUUUAUAUAGGUUACUGUUUUCACAAGCGGUGGUGUUAUCAACACAGAAAGGGUAGAGAUGUGUCAUGUUCAUGUCACUGCUCUUCUUCAAAGUUAUGUACUGUUACUAUCAUCCCUUUUCUGAAAAGGGAUCAGAAUCUGCUACUGGUACUACUUAACUGACAGUAUUUAUAAUAAUCUGAAAUGUGCUUUUACAAAUUGUUUAAUUAUCUCUUUUUGUGCAAUGAAUUAUUGCAAAAAGUAAGAAGGAUGUAGGUUGGUACCUUAUACUGUCCCGUCUGCGUCUGUAGCAUGUACUGCUUAUUCCUUUCCAGAGGAUAAUGUGAUACCCACUGGGACUGAAUCCUACCUUUUGAUGAGGCACGUAAACUCAUUUGAUUGUGUUUGAUUUGCAGGAAGUGUACGUAUCUUGGCAAAUAUCUUACUACAUUCAUCUGUAUGUCAUGACUGUAGUUCCAGCUUUUGGCAUGUUUAUAACAAUUUUUGUAUCUGUUUUGGAUCCUUUUUAGAGUGGAUCACUAAUAUGACAAAUUUCAUUGUUUUCUGUGUCAUUGCCUUUCACCCUCUUACAAAGUUUAAAAGCGCAUUUUAAUUUCAUCUGAACCUAGAAAUUAUAAAGGCUUAUUACAUGAUGAGAAGCGUCCACAUCUAAGUCCAUAUAAAUAACAGAACAUAAGUUUCACCAACUAUAAAAUAAUUUUAUUCUUUAAUUAGUUGUCCGGUGGUCUUGGAGUGAAAAGGAAUCUAUUAGCACAGUAGGUAGUGUUUAGUUGCUUGGUUGUUUUCAUAAAGUAGGUUUGUAUUCUGUUGUUAAGAUGAAAUCACAAAAACUAAUGACACCUGGCUUGAAAUGUGCUGUUAACUUGCUUUUGCAGAUUGUUGAGAUACUCGUCAGCAGUUUAUGCGUUCCAUGCAUUAAUAGGUAAAAGCUGAUGGAAAAAAGACAUUAAAAAGUUGAAAACUUAGUCAUAAUCACAUCUCAUUUCUAUCCUGUUAUCUAAAUACAUACUACACAUCUCCUAUGAAGUUCAUUGCACCAUGUGUUUGCAUUUCUUUCUUGCUUUGUUGAAGCAAAUGUCCAGUUGCUUAGUUACAUCUAGUUUCAGGAUGGUUGUGACUUUUCUCUGUUUCUUUUCUUCACCACUCCCUUCUUUUUCUUAUCCUUCCCUUCUACUGAAAUACAAGAUGCAGUUGUUUGGUUUCAAUUAAUUUUACUGAAGAUGAUACACCAUUCAAAAGAGAGGGAACCCAAAUGAAGGAAAGAAAAAAAAUCACAUCAAAUUUUGGUUCAUAUAAAAGACUUGCUAUAAGUAUGCUUGUUGUGCAGUUCUUAACAUUCUGGCAUUUUAUAACAUAUAAGACCUUUUUUCGCUGUUCCUUUUAUUUCUUCCUUGCCUUGUCAGUGAUCAUGUGCUCACACAAACACUUCUGGAUACGCUUAAAAAUCUAAUAUUCUUCGAUUGUGUCUUUUAUUAUGGUCAUUUUCAAGCAUUUUGUUUUACUUGCUGUUUUGAAAGUUUUUGUUGCUUUCUUGUUAAACAAGGAUGUGCAGGGAAAGGUAAUGAAGUAGGUGUAGCAAUACUCGGAAACUGUUACUGAAUGUUGCUUUUGUUUUGCAGUCUUUUUCUGUAAAGGACAUUAUAUGUGUAGAGAGAGAGAGAGAGAGAGAGAGAGAGAGAGAGAGAGAGAGAGAGAGAGAGUCAGUUAAAAUGUUAUAUCAUGUUUUUGCUUUGUGACUGUUGGUAUUAGUCUUUUCUGAUUUUUGUUAAACAGCCACGGUUCAGGCAUGAUCAGUAAAGUUACUGUAUUAUUACUCUGUGGAAUGAACUAUGUUUGAUAAUGUUGCUCUAUGUAAGACUGCUGAACUGAUUCUCAGGUUGUGUUACUUGUGCACUGAAAAGGAAAUUAUUUCUCAUAAAGUUUAGAAAGACAAAUGAAGUAAUAAUUUUAAAAUUAUUUAAUUUAGCAUUAAGCUUGUGAUAAUUGUGUUUCAUAAGCUGCCCAAAUUUCAUUUAAUGUUUUAAGUCAGCAGAGAGUGUUUGAAGCAACUUAAACUUGUGUACGCGAGAGGUUUCUCUCUUUAGUAAUAUGUGGUAUGUGGGACAUAGAGUGAAAAAGAAUUUAAAAGUGGUGAAAAGCAUAACCAUCAUUGUAUUAGAAGUUCCUACUGUUUAAUCCAUUCCUGUAAAGUGUGAUAAUAUGUUGUGUUCAUACCAUCAGAUUAGUAUAUAACUCCACUUUCCUGCAAUCUGAUGCACUAGCAAAUUAAUAGUAUUUAUUGGUCCAGAAAAAAAAUGCUUCUGACAAAAAGACUGCAUAGACAUAGUGACACUGAUGCACUUGUAACAGUCUGUUUGAUAUGUUACUUUGUCAUGUUAAAGAUGUUGAGUGAUUACCAUUGCAUUUAGAAUUUGUCUUUUUGCAUUUAGAAUAUUCUUCUGAAUGAAUAAAAACAUGGUGAAAAUAAGAAUGAUCAACAAAUUCUAACAGGAAUGGAUCAAAGAGAACAUAUAGUAUUCAUUGCAUGUAUUCACAAUUUAUCUUGUGGAUUUUUGAGAGAACAGUUUGAUGAUGUUCAGUACAAGAGGUAAUCUCUUGUUACAAUUUAAUGUUGUUAGUCAAUUCAUAACUGCAGCUGUGAUAUUUUCUAUGGGAGAUAGUGGUCGGCAUUAAGUUAAUGCUGAAAAUGGAAUUCGGUGUACUUAUAAGAAUUUUGUAAACAGUUUUAUAUAAAUGGUGAAGUUGUCAUUGCUGUAACAAUAUGUUACCAUAGCUUAUGUGCUAAAGUGUUAUUGUGCACAUUGUAUUAUUUUGAUAAGUUGAAUGGAAGGCUAAAUAAGCCUGGUUUAAAAUAUAUUAUGAUAGGGGAACAGUCAUUAGAUCUGUGUCAGAAUGUCAUGCUGAUUUUUGAAACUGCAGAAAAUUUGCACCAUUGUCAGUCAUUACAUUUUUUCCUCUCUUACAGCUUCCUUUACGUCAUUCUGGCAUAUGGGAUACAUCAUAUCCCAUGCAGAUUUUGGACUGUUUCUCUGUCUCUGCGUGUUAAAACUGGCAAUACUUAGAGUAUAUAUAUGUCAGUACAGAUAACCAACUAUAAAAGCUUGAGCUGACUUCAUUAGUGUAAAUAUUCCAUCAAGGAUCUAUGUUAAUCUUGUAAGUAAUGAAAUAGCAAAGACUUGUUGGCCUUUGUAAAGUUGCUUGAUGCUUGUGAUUCUGUCAGAGCCUUUGAAUGUCUGCAAAUGUGUAAUCUGAAAAAGAGAUAUAUAUAUAUAUAUAUUUAUCACUUGGUGAACUAA